CUCGGCGUGGCGAAUGUGCGACGGGUGAGUGGCCGGGAUCAGCGGACGGCGCAGGGCAGCGGACAUGGCGUUGCUGCGCGGUGUCUUCAUUGUUGCAGCAAAGAGAACUCCUUUUGGGUCCUAUGGAGGACUGCUGAAGGGCUUCACAGCCACUGACCUGACAGAACAUGCAGCUCGAGCUGCCUUGGCUGCUGGCAAGGUCUCUCCUGAGAUCAUUGACAGUGUUGUUGUCGGCAAUGUCAUCCAGACCGCCGCAGACGCCAUCUACAUUGCACGACACGUUGGUUUGCGAGUGGGAGUUCCUGUCCCAGUUCCAGCCCUCACUGUCAACAGACUCUGUGGCUCUGGUUUCCAGUCCAUUGCCACUGGAUGUCAGGAGAUUUGCCUCAAUGAGUCAGAAGUUGUCCUCUGUGGUGGAGCUGAGAGUAUGAGCCAGGCUCAUUAUGCAGUCCGCAACAUCCGAUUUGGAACCAGAUUAGGAGCAGAACUCAAGUUGGAGGACACCCUGUGGGAAGGCCUAACAGAUACUUAUGUUAAGAUACCAAUGGCAGUUACAGCUGAAAACCUGGCAUCAAAACACAGCAUCACACGAGAGGACUGCGACCGCUACGCCUUGAAAACGCAGCAGAGGUGCAAAGCUGCUCAAGAAGCUGGUUACUUUAAUGCUGAGAUGGCACCACUCGAAGUGAAAACGAAGAAGGGGAAAGAAACUAUGCAAAAGGACGAGCACCCAAAACCCCAGACCACUCUGGAACAACUGGCAAAACUCCCAGCUGUCUUUAAAAAGGAUGGAACAGUCACAGCUGGGAAUGCUUCAGGGGUGUGUGAUGGAGCUGGUGCAGUCAUCAUUGCCAGUGAGGCAGCACUGAAGAAGCACAGCCUUACUCCUCUGGCAAGAAUUGUAGCCUAUCACUCAUCUGGCUGUGACCCUUCCAUCAUGGGCAUUGGCCCUGUCCCUGCUAUUACUGAGGUGCUGAAGAAAGCAGGCUUGACCCUGAAGGAUAUGGACUUGGUGGAGGUGAAUGAGGCAUUUGCACCUCAGUAUCUUGCUGUGGAGAAGGUGUUGGGCCUUGACCCUGAGAAGACCAAUGUCAACGGAGGUGCCAUCGCCAUAGGCCAUCCCCUGGGGGCUUCAGGAUCACGGAUCACAGCCCACCUGGUUCAUGAGUUAAGGCGUCGUGGUGGGAAGUACGCCGUUGGCUCAGCUUGCAUUGGAGGCGGACAAGGGAUUGCUCUCAUCAUUGAGAACACAGCCUGAGAGGUUCUGGGGUCUGCAGCCUUGCCCAAGCUGCUGCUUCCCUGAGAAACUCCUGUGACAGUGCAUCACCACCACCUCCCUUUGUUCUGAGCCAUUCCUGCAAGGUAAAGGAAUAGCUGAGAAGUCUGAGUUGUGAGCAGAGCAGACUCGGUGAUGCCUUUCUGACUGAAGGAAGCGCCACGGCGAUGUAAUUCCACACCAAUCAAGUCUUUCCUGAAAAAGCCUCUUUCCAAUCAAAGUUAAGGUAUUUCUGUAGGCAAAAUUCUUCCCCUUUCCUGAGGAAAUUGCCUGUCAACCUUCACCAAACCUGCCUUAAAAUAGCAGCUUCAUUUUAAGCAAGCACUGCUUGAACUCUUCCUCAGCAGCUGCUGCUGCCUGCCACAUGUCCGUCUUCUAUGAUAUGGGGAUAACUUAGAGACCUCCUGAAGUGUACACUAACAGUAGGUGGAGGGAUAAGACAAGAGCCAAAGCUGAAAUUGCCAUUGUGCCUCCUAAAAGAACAAUAAAUCUUGCAGAAAA